CGAACCUCUACUUUCUCUCUCGCAUCCUCUCCACCCCGGCUUCUCCCCGCCCCCCCCUCGAGGUCAUCUUCAAUCGCUCACCAUGUUCUCCGUUCGUCUCGCCCGUGUCGGCCUCCGUGCCUCCGCCCAGCAGUUCACCGUUCCUCGCACUGCCGCCCUCAACGGUCUUCGCACCUAUGCCACCCCGGCCCAGGAGGUCAAGCCCCCGGUGUCCCUCUUCGGCGUUGACGGCACCUAUGCCACUGCUCUGUACACUGCCUCGGCCAAGUCCGCCGCUCUGGAGCAGACCGCCAAGGCCCUGGGCAACCUGAGCCAGACCCUCAAGGCCGACCGCAAGUUGACCGAGAUCCUCAACGCCCCUACCCUCUCCGUCGCCGACAAGCAGCAGAUUGUCCAGGAGCUGCAGAAGGUGGCCGGCGGCGCCGACAAGGCCGAGAUCCUCAAGAACUUCCUGGCCACUCUGGCCGAGAACAACCGUCUGGGUCUGCUGGAGGGUGUCUGCGAGAAGUUCGCUACCCUCAUGGGCGCUCACCGUGGUGAGAUUGAGCUGAGCAUCACCAGCGCUCAGGAGCUCGAUACCAAGACCCUCAACCGUCUUGAGAAGGCCGUCUCCAAGUCCGAGUUCAGCCAGGGCAAGAAGCUCAAGGUUGUCUCCAAGGUCAACCCCGACCUGAUCGGCGGACUCGUCGUCGAAAUCGGUGACCGCACCAUUGACCUCAGCGUUUCCUCCAAGAUCGCUAAGCUCAACAAGGCCCUCACCGAUGCUUUGUAAAUUUCUUUCUCGGAACAUGAAGAAAAUUCGAAUUGUUGUUGACUAGGAUGACUUGGUGUCUUGUCCCCGAGGAAAAUCCUUCCAUCAGCACAUAACUAUAUCCCCUUUUCCCAUCCCUACAAACCCGUUCCCUCCCGUCUAAACCACCCCCUUCUCUUUCUCCUAUAAAUUCGUCAGAUAAAUGUAUCCUAACUUAAACACGUUCCACGCUA